AUGCCCCCCAGAUACUUCAAGAAUGAUGCACCCCUUGCUAGGAGAGCUUCAGACCCGCGCAGACAGCUCGAAGCGUCUCUCACACGGUUGGUUACUGAGCACCCGCCCGCCAAAGUACGACCAGGCGGCGGCCUGUUUAAGGGGCCUGUUUCCGUGGCCUACACAUUCCUCGUGCUACAGCAGCUCUACCCUGACCUUGUAAUCUCAGAACAUCAGCUCGGCGUCUGGUCUGCCCUCUACCUGAAGCAUGCCCAAGACAAUAUCCAGAGCUAUCCCGGGCCGUCUGUCGGAAAGUGCGGCAUUAUGGACGACAUAAUGUCAUUACUUGCGAUAGGCGCGGCGAGCAGCAAAGAUGCUGAGAUGGCCACCAGUCUUUGCGAUUACUCUGCAGAAGUGCUUGAUCCAGAGAGCGAGAAUGAGUUCCUCUACGGCAGGGCGGGCUACCUCUACCUUCUACGGCUCGUGAAAGCCUCCUUCAUCGAUGACCCCAAGACGACGCAGCUGAUUACAGACACCCAGGAAGACGUCGUUGACGCCAUCCUGGACUCACCAAGACCAUGGAAGUGGCAUGGCAAAGUGUACAUCGGCGCCGUGCAUGGCGCAGUUGGCAUCAUUACGCAGAUUGUCCUUACAAACCCGAAGAAGUAUGCUGCGAAGCUAGAAGCCGAGCUUGCAGUUCUCCUCACCUACCAAUACGACAGCGGCAACUUUCCGAGCAGUGUGCCGCCGGAAAGGGACCGCUUGGUGCAGGUCUGCCAUGGCGCGCCCGGCGUGGUCGUGAGUCUGAACAGUAUCAAGGAGUAUUUUCCGUCGUUAAGGGAAAAGAUCGCGAAGGCCAUUACGAAAGGGCGAGAGUGCAUUCUCGAGCGCGGCCUGUUGACAAAGGAGCCUUGUCUCUGCCACGGCAUCUCCGGCAAUGCACUAGCUCUCGAGGACAAGGAGUUUGAGCACUUCCUGACCUAUACGACAGGCCACGAGAUGAAGUCCAUGGAGCAGGACGGUUUGCUGGAGCCUUCCUCAGCGCCGGAGUCACUGUUUGGUGGCGAAGCUGGCAGAGCGUGGACAUGGGCGGUGGCAGACAAAGGGUUGGACAAGCGGAUACUGGGUUACAAUGAUCUUUGA